GAGACAUGGUUGACGCAUUGAGGGAGGGAGGGAAGGAGGCAGUAGUGAAUGAGAGAGUGAAUGAGAGAGUGAAUGUCAAGGAUGAGGAGGGGGCGGAGCCUAAAUCCGUCGCCGCUGAGGGGGUGGGGCCAGGCUCGGUCGCCACGGAGACGGGAGAGGGGGCGGGGCCGGGCUCUGUCGCCAAGGAAACGGGGGAGGGGGCGGAGCCGGGCUCGGUCGCCGUGGAGACCGGGGAGGGGGCGGAGCCGGGCUCGGUCGCCGUGGAGACUGGGGAGGGGGCGGAGCCGGGCUCGGUCGCCAAGGAAACGGGGGAGGGGGCGGAGCCGGGAUCGGUCGCCGUGGAGACCGUGGCGGAGGCGGAGCCGGGAUCGGUCGCCAUGGAGACGGGGGAAGGGGCGGAGCCUGGCUCGAUCGCCACGGAGAUGACCUCCCACGACCUCUCGUCUGCAAGCGACGACGAUGACGACGACGAUGAUGAUGACGAUGAUGACGACGAUGAUGAUGAUGACGAUGACGACGAUGACGACGAUGAUGACGAUGAUGACGACGAUGAUGACGACGAUGACGCUGAUGAUGACGAUGAUCAUGACAACGACGAUGGCGACGGUGGCGAUGAGGAGGAGGAGGAAGCAGUUGCUGGUAAUGCCACCCUGCCUAAGAUGGCCGACGGUACUGCCACACGACCACCCAAGAUGGCCGACGGCACCGCCACCCCACGCAAGAUGGCCGACGGUACCGCCACACCACCACCCAAGAUGGCCGACGGCACCGCCACCCCACGCAAAAUGGCCGACGGUACCACCACACCACCACCCAAGAUGGCCGACGGUACCGCCACACCACCACCCAAGAUGGCCGACGGCACCGCCACCCCACGCAAGAUGGCCGACGGUACCACCACCCCACCCAAGAUGGCCGAAGGUCCUACCACCCCACCGCCAAAGAUGGCCGACGCAGGAGCUGAUGAUGGUGGUGCUGGUGAUGGUGAUGGUGCUGGUGAUGGUGGUGCUGGUGAUGGUGCUGGUGAUGGUGGUGCUGGUGAUGGUGCUGGUGAUGGUGGUGGUGUUGGUGAUGGUGGUGCUGGUGAUGAAGACGACCCAGACUCCUACAGCUUCGUGUUUGACAAACUCAUCCUCACUCAGGGCAAGGCACCAGCUGUGGUUUGUGGUCUCUGCAAGAGAGAUGGUCACCGUCUCUCCGACUGUCCCGAAGAUCUCCACUCAGCUCCCCUCACCGCUCUCCCUCCACUCACCCCCGACUUCCGCAAAGCCCUGGACACGGCCUGUGUCCGCUGCUUCCGUUAGACACUCACUUAGACACUCACUUAGACACUCACUUAGACACUUAGACACUCACUUAGACACUUAGACACUCACUUAGACACUCACUUAGAC